AUGGAGCUACAGGGUCGGCAGAGAUUCGAGCUCUGCCUUCACAGCUGCUGGGGUUCAAAUCUGCAGCUGUCUCACCCUGAGACUGAGGAGACAGUAGAGGACAGAGCCUGGUCCCUGUCCUCCUUCCUUCUGAAACAGACGUCUUAUUCACAGGUCUGAUAAUUCACAGCUGAUCGGACAGCAACGUGUGAUUUCAUCCAAACAGAAGUCUAAUUCUGAGAAAACACCUGACCUGAAACCUAACAGAUCAAAAGGAUAAAAGGUGUCUAUAUAUUCUGGAGGAAAGCUGAGACUUUUUUAAAGACAUAUCUGGUGAUGGAGCAGCCCUGGAAACAUUUCAGAAUUUCCCAAAAGCAAAAAAAAAAAAGUCCUAGAGGGAAAAUUCCGUGUGUGGUGUUUUGUUGUUUGAGGAAAUUUUAUCCUGCAGAAACAGCUCAAUUUAAAAAUCCCAAGUUGAAGAAAACAAGAAGCAAUAUUUAGCUUGUACAAGAGAACAUCAUCGAUUUUUUUGUGGGGGUUUUUCCGUAAAAGGACCCAACAUACUUUACUUUUUUUUAGCAGUCUGAAUCUACUGCUAACAAAGCCAGAGAGAAAUCCAAACCCAGCUUCACAUGGACCUGAACUCAACAUAAAUUCACAACAGGACAUACUUGAGAUGCUCAUGAAUACACUCAACAGAGAUACUCCAGAGGUAGACCUGCACUCCAGGCUAGAGGUGCAGCUUGUGCAAAGAAGAAACAUAAAGACGGAUGAGAAGGUCCAGACUCAGAAGAUUCAGAAUCAGGUCCAGUUUGAUCGACCUCCUAUGAGACUCCUCUCCCCGUCCUCCUGCUGA